GCAGCUCAUUGCUUUGGCCCGCCUCAUCUCGUCACGAAGAGUCUCCCUGUCAGGGUUUUCAUGAGCCUGUAUCGUGCGCUCGCUAUCAAUUUGCUGCAUCUCACUCUGCGUAGCACUGGAUAGCUUCAUUAAUACUCGUCAAGGAAUGCCGCCGCUGCUUCUCGGUGCCGUUUCCGCCGAGCAGUGGCAUUGCGUGCCGACUUUAACUUAUACUAACAGUGCCUGCAAUUGAUCGGUUGCAGCUCAACUUAUGACUUAAUGCUUCCAUGCUGCUUGUUGGGAAGGCUGUUGUAAUUAGGUAGUCUUCUGGGUAGAUUCUCAAUUUUGCACUGCAGGGUAUGAAACGAACCAUCAAGUCUGAUGCAACUGUUUUGUAGUUGAUGAUGAGUUAGGUCUUCAUGUGUAUGUAGCUAAUCAGAGGAAGGAUCGAGAGUGUAUGGAUUGAGCAGCUAGUAGUUCGGAGAUUUUCCAUUCAGUGGAGUUGAAUUAUCUACUAAAAAGGUUAGUUAAGAUUCUGUGGAGAGAUGGGAGUUCACGGUUUGUGGGAGCUUCUAGCUCCCGUUGGGCGACGAGUUUCCGUGGAGUCUCUUGGAAGUCGAAAGCUUGCUAUAGACGCAAGUAUAUGGAUCAUCCAAUUUAUGAAGGCAAUGCGUGAUGAUCGUGGAGAUAUGAUCCGCAAUGCUCACUUGUUGGGGUUCUUCCGCCGAAUUUGCAAGCUCCUUUUUCUGCGAGUAAAGCCAGUCUUUGUGUUUGAUGGAGGUACUCCUGCUCUGAAGAGGCGGACCGUAAUUGCUCGCCGGAGGCAGCGAGAGCAAGCUCAGUCCAGAAUUCGGAAGACUGCCGAGAAGCUGCUUUUGAAUCAUCUACGGACUAGGAAGUUGGAAGAAAUUGCUGGUAGAGGUGGCACGCAGAAUAAAUCGUCCAUGAGGAAUAACAUCGACAAUGGCAAUGACGUUGCUGCAGUCGAUAGUGGGAUGAAUGGCACUGAAGGGUUUCCUUCCUCUUCUGGUGCAACUUCACAUAGUGAUGUGCUUAAGCAGGAAGCUAGUGAUGAUUUGCUGGUAACUUCAAUGAUAGGACAUAAGAAGGAAGACAAUGAGGACACUGAAAUACCAGAACAUGAAGUGCAAGGACUGAACGGGUGGGACGAGGUUGAGAAACAGGACUUGGAUGAGGAUGAUGAGGAAGAGCUUGUGUACCUUCCAUCAACGGAAGGAAAGUUGGAUCCAGAGGUUUUGGCAUCUCUGCCUGCUUCAGUGCAGCUGGAACUUUUAGUGCAGAUGAGAGAGCAGCUUGUGGCUGAAAAUCGACAUAAGUUUCAGAAGGUUGCCAAGGUUCCAUCUUCUUUUUCUCAACUACAAAUAGAUGCUUAUUUGAAGACAGUAGCAUUUCGCAGAGGAAUUCAGGAUGCACAAAAAGCUGCUGCUGUAAAGGGUGUGGGAGGUGUACCUGUCACUCGUAUUGCAUCUGAGACAAAUCGGGAGUUCGUCUUCACUACUUCUUAUCAAGGAGACAAAACGGCAUUGACUGGAGAAGGUGGUGGUAACUCAAUACUGACCUCGUUGAAACCUCCUCAACCGAAAGUGCAACCACCUGCAUCUACUUCAUCGUCACUUCUAUGUACCAAUUUCACGUCACUGCCAAUCAAUGGAGGAGCAUUAAGCACAGAUUCGGAUGUUAUCAAGAAUUCAGAUAGCACCGUGCAAACAUAUGUGGACGAAAAAGGGAGGACGCGAGUGAGUAGAGUUCGGGGCAUGGGUGUCCUUAUGACUAGAGAUUUGCAGUGGAAUCUCUAUCUUAUGAAGGAUGUGGAGAAGCGGCAAGCACUCGAAGAAUUGAAGGAUGACAAUGUGUCGGCCUUUGCAGAGAGUGCAGUCAAUAGUGGAGAUGGCGAGGUGUUUCAGAAGCUCAUAAUGGGAGACAAUCCUAGUAUUUCCGAGUCUCUCUCAGGAAGGCCUCCCACCAGUCCCGGUGUGCUAGUUCAAGUAGAUGCUGAUCAAUUUAUACACGAUGACGUAUCUGCAGGUGUAGGGCCUAAGGUAGCUUCUAAUCCAGAUGGUAUGCCGCAUGUGCCAAGCAUCCAAAUCACCUUUAACAGCAAUGAAGAUGACGAGGACGAAGACUUAGAUCUAUUCAAGAAUUUAGUCAGAGAUGGACCCCAGGGCUCCCUUGAAAAGCCACUAGUACAGAGCACUGCCUCGGCGCUGGUGCCUGUUGCAGAAGAGAAUGACGACGAUGACUGUGAAUGGGAAGAUGGCGAUUUACAAGGUGCACAAGAACCUAGUCCUGGUUUGAAGAGUAGCAAUGGAGUUCAAGAGCUCGACCAUCGUAAAAGCAUUCUUUCAGAAUCACACAUUCAAACUCCAGCUGGAAAUAUUUUGACUCUUGGCGGUGAUAGUGAUGCAGAGAUGGCCCUUGCAAUUCAGCAGAGCUUAGCGGAACAUGAUAGACUCCGAUCUGCUCAACCUGGGGUUUAUCCUGACUCUGAAGAUACAGGACUGAGUGAUGACAGUGACACAGGGGAGAGUGGUGAAAGUGAAGUAGAGUGGGAGGAUGGCAGCGGUGCAGUUGCAGUACCAGCAGCUGGGUUUACUGUCGCAGCAGGCUUGGGGCUGACUCAAGAGGAUAUUGAGGUUCAAGAAGCUACACGCCGGAGUUUAAAUGAUGUGUGGAGAGCGCCCGUGCGGGCUCUCCCUCAGCUAGUCAUCCGAGAACCUGUUGAGGGUGGUGCUAAAGCGUCGCCUGGGGGUGUAUCCAGAGUUGAAGAGCAGGAGUCUCUUGCCACCGUUGAUAAGGGUCUUAAUGUAGACUCAGAAGAAGCUCGAAUUGCACGAGAGCGGGCGAGGAAGGGAAAGGCUGUUGCUGAAGAUCUAAUAAUUUCAUCUCCUGCUGGUGUGAUUAGAGCAGCUGCUGAGGUCCGACAGCAAUUUCAAGAGAUUCCUUCAACGGAUGAAACACAAGUCAGUUCCGUUGUCGCAUUUAACAACAAUCCACGUCAGGACCCAUCGAAAUAUGAUGACGAAAAAGAAGAAAAAUCCCGUCUGAAUAAUCUGGCGAAUGUGAAUGUUGGUGUUGCAGGAUUCGCAAUUGAUGAUCUUGUAAACAGAGAAGUUGGUUCUGAUCAGAAUUUAAAAGCACUACUGAAUGGGACAAAGAGCAAUGCAGAAAUUAGUGUUGAUGUUGAAACUGACGUUCCUGAGAAUCCUGAAAGAAUCGAGAAGGCAGAUAUCCUUAAAGAAGUGGAGUCAGUGCAUGAUGCCGUGAACAAUUGCCCAAAGGGAAGCUCACCCACGCCCGAUCAGCAUGAUAAUUUAUCGUCAGUUGUGAAGCCUAAUUUUGCCAAACCCGGCUCAGAAAGUGUGUUACCAAUGGAAGAAAUGCUGAAAGACGCUGAAGACAUGGAUCUGGCGAAGGACCGGGAAGAAAUGCUGAUGCAUGAGGCCGGUUUAUUGGCAGAGCGUGAGGCACUUUCAAGAGAUGAAGCUGAAUUGCAGGCUGUAUUUGAGAAGGAACAAGAAGAACUACUUGCAGGGAUAGAUAAAGAACGUGAGCUCCUUCUAGAAGAAGAAGCUGAGCUCCGCGAAUUGCAGAAAAAGAACGAGCGCAAUGCAGAUUCUGUUACUUCGGAGAUGUUUGCAGAGUGCCAAGAGCUGUUGCAAAUGUUUGGGUUGCCUUAUGUGAUUGCUCCCAUGGAAGCAGAAGCACAAUGUGCGUUUCUAGAUGCAGAGAAGUUAGUUGAUGGUGUAGUGACCGAUGAUGUUGAUGUCUUCCUGUUUGGAGGCCGCAAUGUGUACAAGAAUAUCUUCGAUGACCGUAAAUACGUGGAAACGUACUACAUGAAGGAUGUUGAGACUGAGUUGGGGUUGGAUCGAGAUAAGCUCAUACGAAUGGCUCUAUUACUUGGAAGUGACUACACGGAAGGCGUCAGUGGCAUUGGCAUAGUUAAUGCUAUCGAGGUAGUUAAUGCAUUUGACGAGGACGAUGGGCUUAAAAACUUCAAAGAGAUGGUGGAGUCUGUAGAUUUGUCUCUUCUUGAACUUGGAGGUAAUGGAUUUAAAAGAAAGGGUUCACGGAGCAAAGCUAAGGACAAAAAGGAAAAAGCAGACGAUAUGGGUGAAGAUGAUGCCACUAAUGAAGCUGCAGAAACCAGCAAUGGAGAUGAUCAGGAUGAUGCUGCCAGAGAGCUCCGCCAGCAAGCAUUUAUGGAGAGUCAUAGGGCUGUAAGCAAAAAUUGGAAAAUCCCAGAAUCCUUUCCAAGUGAAGCAGUUGUGGCGGAAUAUAAAAGUCCUCGUGUAGAGAAAUCAAAACAAGGUUUCUCAUGGGGUCGACCAGACCUUGAGGCUCUUCGAAAGUUUUGUCUUGAGCGGUUUUCUUGGCCCAAAGAGAAAGCAGAUGAAUUGCUCUUGUCCGUUUUGAAGGAGUAUGAUCGGCAAGAGACACAACUUCGCAUGGAUGCCUUCUACGCUUUCAAUCAAAGGUUUGCUAAAGUCAGGAGUGCUCGCAUUCAAAAGGCCCUUCGGGGAACCACAGGUCGAUUAUCUAAAGAGUUGGUGGACGUUUCCUCUUUGGAUGGUCCCCCUGCUAAGAAACAGAAGCAGAGAAAGGGCUCUAGCAAAAAGUCAGUUGAAAAAAUAGCAACCGAACUUGUGGAAGAAGCAGACUUGAACAGUGUGCAAGGAAAUAUAACAGAAGGCCUCCCAGAUUCGGAAGAUCUUACUUCAGGUCACGCAAACAGGAGAGGGAGGGGAAGAAGGAAUAGAAAGAACAACAAAGAGGCUGUUAAAACAAGGGGAAGGGGAAGAGGAAGAGGAAGUAGAGGAGGUAGAAUUUCUGACGUUACUAAAGCAGACGAGGAUAGCGCCUCCACUGCUUCUAGUGAAAGUGACCAUGACGACACAGUAAUCGAGAUGAAAACGAAACGAGGCAGACCAAAAAGGAAAGCGGAAGACCAACUUUUGCCAAUUCGUAGGUCUAGCAGAGCUCGCAAGAAUGAAGCUAAUUAUAAUGAGCCAGCAGGUUCUGAUGACGCAGCGGAUAACCCCGAGAAUGAAGAUGAUGUUUCUACUGGGAGCCAAACUUCGAAUCCAAGCAGAGAAGACCACGCUGAAGAGAUUAUUGAUCACCGCAAUUUUGUUCAAUCCAGUUCUGCUGAAUAUCAGGCAGGAGCUGGAGCAGGCCACCUUAGGGACGAUGGGGACGUCCAUAGAGAUAGAGAGACGGGAGCUGUUGCAGCUGAAACGGGGAGCGUGCCAACGCCCUCGUAUCUUUUUAGUGGCGGAGGUUUCUGUGUACCUGAGGAAGAUGUCGUUCCAGGUCUCGAAGGUCAUCACGAGCAGAACGACAACAUUCAGCCUGAACAGGAUGUAACUGAGCCAUGUGAUCCCAAUGAGCUGGUCAGUGGUCAAGUGGAUGCGGAUAUUACGCCAGAUUUAUCGAAUGUAGACCAGGAAUUAAUCCAGACGGCAACCCAAGUAGCCAUUGAAGAAAUGCAUACUAGUGCGAGCAGUGGAUUUCGGGCACUGCCUUUCCUUCGCAGAAAACGGCCUUCGAAGCAACCCUAAGCUAUGUUCACACUCAGCUGGUAAGAUUUGGCAUUCAUCACAUGGACAUGCUUGUGAGUAACAAUUCAAUAUUGGUGUUGGCAGCGUGGGUUUCAGCUCUCAUAAAUAUACAUACUUCUUCCAGUGGUUCUGCUUUCAAAGUACCACACUCGCUGACAGUGAUACCCGUUGGAGCAGCUUGACUUGCGUAGAAAUUGUUGCAACUUCCAAACACGGCUAGAACUGUUAUAUUGAAAUAUAUUGGACCCUUGUACGUAUUUGAUUCGUUCAUUCGACUACGGUGGACAGAGCGAGUGUGCAGUGGUAAUUACUGAUACUGACCAGUCAUGGCCCCGGUUUAUCAAAAGUGUCGGUUGUUUACGAUUGAAUAUUGAAUUGUUACUCACAAUUCAGUAUUGGAUGUCACUAGAGUUACCUGUGCUGAUGAACUUGGCCUUUGAAAAGGUUUCUCCGAUUUAUUAUCAUCUGCAAGGCCCACUUCUGGAAUGGGGGAGGAUCUCAUUACGACUUCAUGAUUGCUCUCUGAGGCUUAUUAUUUGACUUGGUUGUGCCACGACCAGUGCUGUGUAUUUCUUUGGUAAGAACAUUCGUGAUAUAUUGACAUUUCCAUCA